UUAACUAACACGAUGUCGUAUCUUGGGUCCGGAAACCGACAAUGGCAGAAGCCAAACAAAAUAAAACAAAGAGAGUGAUAACUGUAAUAAAACGAAACGAAGAAAGAUUUGUCUCUCUAAUUCAAUAGCUUUGUAUCCUUAAUACAUCACACACAGUCACGCACUUGCAAAAUAUUCUUAAACUUCUAUGAUCUAUCUUUCCUCGUAUACAUAAUACAUACACACCCAUCUUCUCUCUCAAUCCAUCCAUUAGUUUCUUGGAUUUUCUCUUCAGAACCUCUGGAAAAAUGUGUGACUGAUGGCGGCUGCAGAAGCAAGAGCUGCUUGGCAGAGAACAGCUAAUCGUUGCUUUGUCCAAGAAGACGCAAAAAGAGCUCCAAAACUAGCUUGCUGUCCAUCUUCAGGAGCAACAGCUAAGCAGGUCGAUUCUGGACCUGCAAGUGCAACAGAUGGGCAAGACUAUUGUGUUCCGGGUUUUGUUCCCCAUAGCAACAACCCUUCAUAUAUGAAUGUAUCUCCUGACACUAAAUGGUGGCUCCAGAUGCAACCCAACUACGGGUACAAGAAGGGAUUUUUAAAUGAUCAAUUAAAUACCAUGGACGCAGAGGUGGAUAUCCAUGGAGUUGGUUUUGCGAGCCUGAAUGUGAAAACAAGUCGAGUCCACCUAAACAAUGUUGGUACAUUAGUUACUAGAAAUUUAAACUCGGACCCCACCCAUGGCAGUGAAGGUAGAGUUUGUGCAAGUUUUAUAAAGAAAGAACGCAGUGUUAACAAGCAAGAGCUUAAGGCAGAAUAUGCAAAGGGUGUUCAAGAAUCUGUAAAGAUGAAGGAUGGUAAAGAAUCUUAUGAAUUUGUAGAAAUGGAUCACAUUGAUGGAGCUAGUUUAAAUACAUCAGAUGAGUGGUGUCUUGAUUCAGGAUCUCCAUUGAUCGGGAGUGGGAAAAAAGAUCCUUGGUGGAAAACUGCAGAUAGUGAUGAAUUAGCUUCUUUUGUUACACAGAGAUCAUCUGUUCAUGUCGAGAAUUGCGAUCUUCCCCAGCCCCAGGUGAAUCACAUUAGAAGGGACCCGAAUGUUCGUGCUCGGCUUCCCAAUUAUAAUGGGAGUUUUAACUCAUCUGUUGAUAUGAAGCCUCAAAAUGCUGAUCGCAGCAAUCGGAGUAGUUAUAGAAGUGGCGGUGGCACUCCAAAAAGCACAUGUGGAAGCAAUUGGUCAGUUGAAGGAAACUCAAAAUCUGGUGUAGAUAGUCCCCUCAGCUAUAACACAACCAGAUCAGGUAAAGCUGAAACAAACACUUCUGAUAAAGAUGACUGCAAGGCUCAGUUGUUGGAAGCACUGAGGCAUUCUCAAACCCGUGCCAGGGAAGCGGAGAUGGCAGCAAAGCAAGCAUAUGCUGAGAAGGAACAUGUUGUGAAGCUUUUUUUCAGACAGGCGUCCGAGUUUUUUGCAUAUAAACAGUGGUUCCAGCUCCUACAGUUGGAAAACUUGUACUAUCAGAUAAAAAACAACAAAAACCAUCCAAUGUCUGAUCUUUUCCCAUCGGUGUUGCCAUGGAUGCCUAUAAAGAAUAGGAAGAUGCGAAAGAAGGCAAUAAAGGGCAAGUGUUCCAAGCAAGGGCGUUCGAGAUGUAAUAUUCACAAGUACACAUUUAUGUUUGCUUUGGGGUUGAGUCUUGUAGGUGCUGGAUUAUUCUUGGGUUGGACCAUUGGUUGGAUGUUUCCAGCCUUGUUAGCUUAGCAAACUGUGUUGUAGCAUUAUUGUACAAAUGUGUGAAUAUUGGUUUCUGAGUAGAAUGAAGAGGCAUGUGAUGUAGUAUAUGUUUCAUCUAUGCAAAUAUUUAGGUUUCUUGGUUGUGGCCACAUUGCCUGCCAUUUCAGUUUCACCUAACAGGAAAGUUGUGAGGGUGCAGUUUGUAGUUUGUAUAAGUGAUGUAAUAUAUAAUGUUUGUAAGUAUUGUAUCUUUUAUUA